GCAGUAUCUAUAACCAUACGUAUAGUGAUGGGGUUUAUGUUACUGCAUUCUGGAAGUUCAACUUCCCUUCUUUUAUGGUCCUGAUCAUUGCCAUUCUUAAUGAUGGUACUAUCAUGACAAUUUCCAAAGACAGGGUCAAGCCGUCUCCACUUCCCGACAGUUGGAAGCUUAGUGAAAUUUUUGCUACUGGGAUUGUUUUAGGCAGUAACCUUGCUCUGAUGACUCUUAUAUUUUUCUGGGCGAUUUAUGAAACAGAUUUCUUUGCGAGGCAUUUCCAUGUAACAAGCUUGAACCAGCAUAAUCUCUCAGAUUCGAAGGCAAAAGAUCUGGAUGCAAAGCUAGCAUCUGCUGUGUACCUUCAAGUUAGCACCAUUAGCCAGGCUCUAACAUUUGUGACUCGCUCCCAGGGCUGGUCAUUCACGGAAAGAUCUGGACUUCUUCUUGUUGCUGCCUUCCUUGUAGCUCAACUGAUUGCAACAGCAAUAUCUGCCAUGGCAUCAUGGGAAUUUGCUGGAAUUGCAUCCCCUGCCAUGGGCACGUGAUUAGGAUUUCUGCAAAAGGAGUCCUUGCUUGUGCAUAAGCUGGCUUGAGCCAAGUACUCUGCUGAUGGACACAAACCCAAGACACAACAUGGUAAUGGAGAGAAACAGAGAGAGAUAAGAACUAAGAAAAAAAAGAGAGAGUUAGCCAUGAGUCAAUUGCUUCCAUCACGAGAGAGAGAAAGAGAAGAAAAAAGAAAAAGAAAAAAGGUUGGAGAGAAAGAAAGAUGCAGAUUUUGUUUUGGUUUAGCUCAUUCAUGAACACCACUAUAUUUAUCGUUAUUUAAAGUAUAUUUAUCUCAUUUAGAUGUAACUUCUCCACAUGGGUUAAUCUUGCAUGUGGAUUAUAAUUUUCUUUCUUUCUGGUUUGUUUUAAUUUGUUAUAUGUAGUCAUGUUGUUUCUCUUGCUCAUGUUAUUGUUAUUUUAAUCUAACUUGAAAGUCAAUUGCGCUAAGAAAUCAUGACAUUCACUUAUAGAAGAAUGAGAAGUUAUGAUGAUAAAGAUUUAGGGUUGGAUUUUGGGAUGAUUCCUUCGGGUUUUGAUAUGGGUGGUCAAGUUUUGGUGAUUUGAAAGGAAUUGAUUGGGUUUUAUGUUUCUGAUUAUAUUUUGAUUGUGGGUUGUUUUCAUGCUUUCUUGAUUGUUGGCAAGUCUAAAAUCUUUGCGGGAGAGGGCUUGGUCAUAGGCGAUAAGGAUGGUUUUGUAAAAUUAGUGUUUCAUUUUGUUCUUUAAUGUAUUCAGUGUAAUUUGAUUGAAAUGUUA